AUGGAGGAGGUGUGUGUAGAUCUUACCGGGGAUUCAGGCGACGAAGAGGAAGCAGAAGGGGGCCCUUCAAACAACUCUCACGAGCAGCAGCAGCAGCAGCACGAAGAAGAUGAAGAGGAAGAAGAAGAGGAAGAAGAAGAAGAUGAUGAAGAAGAAGAUGAAGACGACAUGAAUGCAGCAGCAGCAACAGCAGCAGAUGCUGCUGCAGCAACAGACGGAGAGGAAUUCGAGUCAACGCCCAACAGCGAGCCUGAAGACGAAGCAGAAACAGCAGCAGCAACAGCAGCAGCAACAGCAGCAGGAACAACAGACGGCUCUGAGGAGUAUAGUAUUGAGGAAGAAGGAAUGGAGACAGACGAAGAAGAAGAAGAGGAAGCUGAAGAUGAAGAUGAAGAUGAAGAUGAAGAAGAAGAAGAAGCAGCAGCAGCAGCAGCAGACGAAGAAGACGAUGAUAGCGAAGGCGCAGCAGAUAAGGCUCCUCAAGAAUUAAGCGAAAGGACAAACUCCGUAGCAAACGCGACUGCACUGCAGCAGCAGCAGCAACAGGAGCAGCAGCAACAGCAGCAAACGCCUGCUAAGGCUGCAGAGAGCGAACAGCAGCCACAAACCAGCAGCAGCAGCAGCAGCAGCAGUAUGGACACUGGCAACAACAGCAGCAAGAGCACUGACGACAGCAGCAGCAGCAGCAGCAGCAGCAGCGGAGAUGCAAAGAGUGCUGCCGGCACUUUCUUCUCUUCAGCAGCGGCAAGACUGUCUGCUUCGCAGCAAGAGCAGCAGGAGCAGCAGCAGCAGCGCAAGAAGAGCAGGGGAGAGGCUUUACAGGAAACACUUGAGGCUGUUCCUACAGAUGAGGAUAAGCAGCAACAACAGCAGCAGCAGCAGCAACCACAGGAGGAAUUCUUGCACCAGCAGCAAGAGAAGCUGCAGCAGCAGCACGAGGAGUUGCAGCAGCUACUGCAGCAGCAGCAGCAGCACCUAGAUGGCUUCUCCUUCCUGCCGUUCACAGCCAGAGCCCAAGUCGCCGCAGCACGUGGAGAAGCAUCUGCUGCUGCUGCUGCUAUUACCAGCAGCAGCAGCAGCAGCAGCACUGGGGCUGAGUUGUACAGAGAAAUAAGAGGAAGGAUUAGGGCUGCUACUGUGCAAGCUCUGGAGGAGAACAGGAAGCGGCACGAGCUGCUGCUGCAGCAGCUGCAGCAGCAGCCGCAGCAGCAGCCGCAACAGCAGAAGCAGCAGCAGCAAGGGCCUGCGUUGUCUCUGCCGUUUGGAGGCAGUGCGGCAUCCUUUUCAGCAGCGACAGCAGCAGCAGUGGAAGCAGCAGCAGCAGCAGCACAGAAGGACCCUGCGCAUACACCUCAAAGCAGAGACAAACUUCUACAGGAAGCAUUUGCUCCUAUUGCUGCUGCUUCUAUUCAGCCCCUAGAGGGAGAAAACCCUGAGCUUUCGGGGUCGCAACUUUUGAAGAAAGCAAAAGCACACCGAAAAAGAGAAUAUGCGGACUGCUGUUUGGUGGAGACGGCGGGAGAAGAGAGCAGCAGCAGCAGCAGCUGCGGCAACAGCAGCAGCAGCAGCAGCAGCAGCAAGGAGGGAGCAGCAGAAAAUAAUUCGUGGCUGCAGCAAACUGCAGCAAACCGCCAGCGACUUGCAGAGGCCCUCGGGGGCCGUCUAGGCGCAACGAAACUUCGCUGCAUUCUCUCUUGUCUCUCUCAAGGUAAGCAGCAGCAGCAGCAGCAGCAGCAGCAGCAGCAGCUGGAGCUACAACAGCAGCUGUAG